AAUUUUUGAAGAAAGACCAAGAUUUUAUGAAUUUGGACAUUACUGAAAACUUUUUUAGCAGACUUCAAGAGGAAGAAAUUAAUGAUUAUUCAUUUAUCAAAUUAAAAAAAGAUGAUCUUAGAGAAUGUGAAUUGCGAAUUGGUCUCGCAAUCAAAGUUAAGGACUACAUAGGUGGUUUAGAUUGUUAA